AUGUGUGGCGUAAGCGCCAUUCUGUUGGCCGACUCCAAGGCUACUACAGCCGCCAUCGACCUGCAUGAGUCUCUUUACCUGCUCCAGCACCGUGGACAGGAUGCUGCCGGUAUCGCCGUCUGCCAGGGCGGAAGGGUGUACCACUACAAGGGUAACGGUAUGGCGGCCAAGGUCUUCGCCGACGGCAGCAGCCUCCAGCACCUCCCGGGCUUUAUGGGUCUUGGACAUCUGCGGUACCCCACGAUGGGAACGUCUUCGGCCGCCGAGGCCCAGCCCUUCUACGUAAACUCCCCCUUUGGAAUCUCCAUCGCCGUCAACGGCAACCUGGUCAACACCGAGUACCUGCGCCAGUUUGUCGACAAGGAGGCUCUUCGCCACGUCAACUCCGACUCGGACUCUGAGCUGCUCCUGAACAUCUUCGCACACGGUCUCCAGAAGCUCGGAAAGACCCGUGCCGUGUCAGACGAUAUCUUCACCGCCCUGGGUGACGUCUACUCAAAGUGCCAGGGAGCCUUUGCUUGCACCGCCAUGAUUGCCGGCUUUGGAAUCCUCGGUUUCAGGCAAGUUCAAACCAACGCCAACGGAAUCCGCCCCCUUUGCAUCGGUUCUCGGCCCUCCACCACCGUCCCGGGUGGAAAGGAUUACUUCAUGGCCUCGGAAUCCGUUGCCCUGAAGCAGCUCGGCUUCGGCGACAUCACGGACGUGCUGCCCGGCCAGGCCAUCCUGAUCACCAAGGGAGGCUCCGUCGAGGUCCGCCAGAUCGUCGAGCCCAAGUCGUACACACCGGACUCCUUCGAGUUUGUCUACCUGGCCCGUCCCGACUCCACCAUCGACGGUAUCUCUGUGUACCGCAGCCGGCAGAUGAUGGGAGAGAAGCUGGCCAAGAAGAUCAGAGAAGUCCUCGGCGAUAAGGGCAUCGACGAGAUUGAUGCGAUUAUCCCAGUUCCCGAGACGAGCAACACGGCGGCCGCCGCGUUGGCCCAGAAGCUGGGCAAGCCAUACGUGACCGCCCUCAUCAAGAACCGUUACGUUCACCGCACCUUCAUUCUCCCCAACCAGGCUAUGCGUCAGAAGAGUAUCCGCCGCAAGCUCUCGCCGAUCGAGUCCGAGUUCGAGGGCAAGAACCUCAUCAUCGUGGACGACAGUCUCGUCCGGGGUACCACAUCGCGACAGAUCGUUCAAAUGGCCCGGGAAUCGGGAGCCAAGCGAGUCGUGUUUGUCUCCAGCUCGCCCGAGUGCACAAACCCGCACAUCUAUGGCAUCGACCUCGCUGAUCCUGCUGAUCUGAUUGCGCGCGGCAAGACGCGGCAGGAGAUCGCCGAGCACAUCGACGCCGACGAUGUCAUCUUCCUGGACCUCGAGGGACCGGACGGUCUCAAGGCCGCGUGCCUCGAGGCGGCGGACAGCGGCAGCCAGGUCCGGGACUUCGAGGUGGGCGUCUUCUGCGGCCGCUACGUCACCGACGUGCCGGACGGCUACUUUGACCAGCUGAGCGAUCUGCGCAAGGGGAAGCGCGACGACAACUUCCGGUCUACCGUCGUUGCGUCGGAUAGCGGCGCCGCAAUCUUCGUGUAG